AUGUCGACAUUAGAUGCUGGAACGCGGCCAGUCUUCCAGCCUUAUCUUCGUCGUAACCUUCUGUAUCGGAUGGCAUUUGCCGACAGAGCUGUCCCCUCUUUCACUUUUGGUGAAGAUGAACCACCUCUGGUGUGGCCCUGGACGCCUAGACGAUCUCCAGUUCAGAGGACGCCACGAGAGAGAAAGGAACGCCUAUGUAGUCUUAUCGAAGCGCUGUUAUCCAGAAAUGCUAUUGAAGACAACAUCCGUCAGUGCGAAGAUAUCCGAAAUUUUCAUUUCUCGAUCGGUACCUUAGCCGUGUUCAAAAAGACAGGGGAUAGACAUGUUCUUUAUCGUAGCCUGGCCUAUAGAAGAUUUCUCAAGGCUCGUGGAAAGUCGUUUCCGUACUCCGCACGAAAAUACGCCGAUAAUUCGGAUCAUGUUGGCCGCAUAGAGUAUCCAGCUCGUACAGCUUACAUUUCUGAUGACGCCGCAACACUGUCCUUCAGAAUGGUUUGUCAUCAUCUUUUGGAAGGUGAACGGUUAGCUAAAGUGCAGGUCUACACUGUGCGUCAAAAAGGAGA